UCCAUUAGAGAGCAGUAGCUAUUUAAACACUCCAGCAGAAGCUCACAAAUUUUUACUUCGUAGAGGUCCUCACUGCUUCACUCUCUCAUUCUUGGAAUGAAUUUAGAAAUGACUUUUGAUGACCUCAAGAGCAAAACUGUGAAGGAUCAGCCUGAACAGAAGCCAGAUGGAGAGAAAGCUAAAGGUCUUCAAUUUCUUUCUUCUCGAUGGUGGUGCCCUGUUUCUGUGACUCUAGGGAUCCUUUGCCUGGGAUUACUGGUGACUACUAUAAUGCUGAUAAUGCAAUUAUCCCAGGUGUCUGAUGACCUACAGCAACAGCAAGCAAACCUUACUCAGCAGGAACAUAUCCUGGAGGGGCAGAUCUUAGCCCGGCGGCAGGCAGAAAAAUCUUCCCAAGAGUCACAAAGGGAACUCAAAGACAUGAUAGAAACCCUUGCCCACAAGCUGGAUGAGAAAUCCAAAGAACUAAGGGAACUUCGUCUCCAGAACCUGAAUCUCCAAGAAGCUCUGAAGAAAGCGGCAAACUUUUCAGGUCCUUGUCCCCAAGACUGGCUCUGGCAUGAAGAAAACUGUUACCUAUUUUCCUCUGGCUCAUUUAAUUGGGAAAAAAGCCAGGAGAACUGCUUGUCUUUGGAUGGCCAGAUGCUGAGAAUUAAUAGCACAGAUGAUCUGGAAUUCAUCAAGCAAGCAAGUGCCCAUUCCAGUUCCCCAUUCUGGAUGGGGCUGUCUCGGAGGAAACCCAGCCACCCAUGGCUCUGGGAGGACGGUUCUCCUUUGAAGCCCCACUUGUUUAGACUGCGGGGAGCUGUUUCCCAGGAGUACCCUUCAGGCACCUGUGCAUACAUACAAGGGGGAGCUGUUUUUGCUGAAAACUGCAUUUUAACUGCAUUCAGUAUAUGUCAGAAGAAGGCAAAUCUAUUGAGAGCACAGUGAAUUUGAAGACUCUGAAAGAAAAGGAGGAGAAGGCCUUCGAAUUCUCUCCUGGAAUUUAAGCCAUUCUUUGUCACUUAGGUGCAAACUGUGAGAGCCCUGAGAACUGCCUGUUACUAGCUGACUGCAGAACUCCUUAGCAGAGACUGGGGCUCCAGCUGUUUAACACUUUGAUAUCAGGAGUUUUGAUUCUAUCUCUCUCUCUGUUUUUUUACCUAACUUGUCCCAAGCCUCCCUGCCAGCCUUUGAUUCCACUUCCCUUUUUUGUUUUAAAGUUUCACUCCUCUCCAAGUCUUGGCUGUCCUCUGUACUCAGUCAUCUCUACCUCAGUGCUUCCCCUCACCCUCAAAGACCACAUAGAAGAUAGACAAUGGACAGCUUGCCCAACUGUAGGCAGAGAGCAGAAAAGGGGAAAUACACAUGGGAAACAGAGAAUAUGAAGAAAUAGAGCAGAGGAAAGACCAUAUUGGAAUCAAGAAACAUGUUCUCAAUAUUAAAAGCUAGCACUCCUUGGUUUUUUUAAAAUUCUUGUUUCUCUCCAGGCUCCACCACGUACACAUACUUACACACAGACCCUUAACACCCCAUUCUCACAUUUUGGGGCAAUUGGGAUGUCCCAGGAAAUAAUUAGAAAUUGGAUGGUCUUUUCUGUGAACUAGUUCACAAGUCAUUAUUGGUUCCUGAAUUGGUUAUUAUUGCUUCAUCUUUUCUCUACCAAAAGAUGGCUUAACGCCUUUCAUCCUUCAGAAUAGUAUUUGUUAGAAUCAUGUGGUAAACGGCCCAGAGGGACUAAGAGAAUUUUUUUCCCCUAAAGUAUAUACCCUUUGUAGAUGAGCUCUUCUCAAUUAUGUUAUACUAUGCUAUGAUGCAGAAACAUACAGGAUCAAAGAAUGAAGACACUCAGUUCUGGAACAAACUGAGCCAAGCAGGGAAAUAUUGCUGAAUAGAAACUGAUGGAAUUAGAAAAUUCGUUCUAUUUUCAGUGUUUCUACUCCCUUUCUACAUCGCUGUACAGGUUAUUCUACUUCAAAGGAAGCCUUUCCAUAUUGUUGUACAUAAGCUAGCACCAAUUUUAUAUAUAAAGAAAAGGUUGUAUCGUCCUUAGGAAGACAAGAGGUAUUUUCUUUUAUUAACAACCUUAUUGAAGUUUAAUUUCAUAUAACAAACUGAACAUAUUUAAAGUGUACAAUUGUUGUUUCCUCAUAUGUAAACGUGUUCCCUUGAAAUCACCAUCACAAUUAAGCUAGUGAACAUAUCCAUCAUCCCCCCAGAUUUCAUCAUGCUCCUCCCUAGUGGCUUCUCCCCAGACAACCACCAACCUGAUUUAGUUUGCAUUUUGUAGUAUUUUAUAUAAAUGGAAUCAUACAGAAUGCCUUAUUUACUUUUGGUCUAGUUUCUUUCACUUACAUGAUCAUUUUGAAAUUCAUAUAUCUUGUUGCUUGCGUCAAUUUUUCAGUCUUCUUAAAUGUUGAGUAUUGUUUCUUUGUACGGGUAUACCGCAAUUUGUUUGUUCAUUUACCUGUUGAUGACAUUUGGGUCGUUUUCAGUUUUUGGCUCUUACAAAUAAAGCUGGUAUGAACAUUCAA